UCGAAAAAAUAUCGUCGCAAUACACACCAUCCCACUCGUCAUUACUAGUUCUUGCUGUACAGUCGUCCGCGUGAGACGUUGUAAAGUUCAAGUGAAAAUAUAAAAAAAAGUUUCACUUUUCACAACAAUACCUCCAUAUUCAUUGUCGAACAUCGCAUUAAUUACAAAGGCGUUCGGUCUAAAAGUCAAUUUGAUACAGUAUAAUGUCUGAAUUCAAGCAAUACAGUUUAGCCGAAGUGGCAAAACACAAUUCCAACAAAAGUGUAUGGUUUGUCAUUCACAACAACGUUUAUGAUGUUACCGAAUUUUUAAAUGAGCAUCCUGGAGGAGAAGAAGUACUAUUGGAGCAAGGUGGACGAACAGCAUCCGAGGCAUUCGAAGAUGUUGGCCAUAGCUCGGAUGCAAGGGAAAUGAUGAAAAAAUUCAAAGUAGGUGAAAUUAUCGAAUCAGAACGAACAACAGUGAAUGAAAGAUCUACACCUGAUUGGGCCACAGAGAAUGCCAACAAAGAAGACGAAAGCUCCUAUCGCCAAUGGAUGUUACCGCUUAUUUUGGGUAUAUUCGCAACAAUUAUCUACAGAUACUUUUUUGUGCAACAAUAGAUUGUUCUGGUUAACGAACGAAGAUCCGUUAAUUGAAACAAAUUUUGAUCAAUUUUUCUUGUAAAAUCGUCAGAAACUGAAGUUAAAUCGUCAGACACAUUAGAUUUAUAACAAAUUUCAUUCAUUGCAUUUAGUAUUUUUCUUCUUCGGAAUUAUGGGACUAAUUUAGUGAUGUGUGUGUACAUCUUCUUUUCGUUAAUCUACCGUCUAAAAAUCUAAUUUUUAUACAAUUUAUAUAAAUGUUGCCUUAAUGACACAGAACUGGAAUGGAAUAUAAUUGUGAAUUAAAAAUUGUAGACCACCUAAUCAGAAGAUUUUUUUUGCAAUAGUUUAGGGCAAAGAAGAUAUUUUAGGUAGCGAAUCUAUAUAAUUGAAUUGGAAUGAAUUAUUGUUACACAUUAAAUUUUACAGAAUGAAAUUUAAAUAAAAAAUCAGUUUUUUAUACAACGCAUGAAAAUUAUUAUAAUCUGGUGGAUCAAUAAACGAAAAUAUUAUUUUAAAA